AUGGACCCCAUGCAGCACCUGGGCGCGCUAUUCGUGGACGACCGUGAGCAGCAGCGCAAGAACGGCUGCAUCGCGUGCAAGAUCGGCGACUUCAGACUCAGCGCGGACGAGGUGCUGCGCGGCCGCCUACCCAAGGUGGCGAAGUCGCGCGUCAUCAUGCUCGUGCGCUUGCCGCUCAUAUCCGACGCGUCGUGCGCGUUCGACACGUUCUGCGAGAUGUUCGUGGCCAAGGACAUCAACGCGUACCCCUACGGGUCGCAGCGGUUUGCUCCGUUCGCCUGCUUGUUGCAGGACAGGCUGCUCAGCGUGGCGGCGUGCGGACGGAUGAACUGGUAG